UUGCCAUGUCACUGACUGCACACAUCGGUAUCUUUCUGACUGUGAUGCUCAGCUACCCUACAACACUUCUUGUGGAAAGUUACUAUGAGGAUCAGUGUAUCAAAUGCUGCAGAGGUUUGCGUGGCCAGGAAGGCAGCUCUGGACUUCCGAGUCCCAACGGAGAGAGGGAACAUUUUGGACACACCACAGUAAAGGGAGAAAAGGGUGACAAGGGAGAGAUGGGGCUCAGAGGAUUACCAGGGGAAAAGGGGGACAUAGGUCCUGCGGGUCCAAAGGGCAGUCGAGGAAAGAAAGGGACCAAAGGUGAAUGUGGUCUCCCAGGUCCUGCCGGUGACAAGGGUGACAUGGGACUAAAAGGCCCAAUAGGUAAGCAGUCCCAAGGUGCCCGAGGGCCGAAAGGAGAUCAGCCCUCUCGAAUAGCCUUCACCGUGACUCGCAGCGAGCCGCUGGGUCCCGUGCCGCAGAAGACUCCUGUGACAUUUGACAAGAUUCACCUCAACCUAGGCGACAGCUUUGAUGUCUACUCGUCACAUUUUAUUUGCAAGGUAAACGGGACUUACCUCUUCACGGUACACAUGCUGAGCAUGGAGAACCACACAGCCUACGGUUGGAUCAUGCUUAACAACGACCACCAAAUGGCGUUCCACGGCGACGCCCAGGCUCGGCACGGCACUGGAAGCAACACUAUCAUCCUGAGGCUGUCGCGGGACGACCAUGUCUGGGUACAGCUGAACGAAAAUUCAGCCGUUCUCAAUCACUUUUCGUCGUUUUCUGGUCACAUUUUGUUUGAGGACUAA